AUGGACGGUUGUGUUGCGGGCGCUUUUGAUAUAUCACUCGUCGUAGAUGCGUUAUGUUCACAUUCUCGUGGUAUUAACAGACGUGCACUAACACUCUCCCUAAUGGUUCUUUCAUGCGCCACCCUUAUUUUAAGUUCUUCAGAUGAAGCAAAUUCCUUAUUUAUUAGAAUAAAUACCACUUCCAUGGAAACAACUACUUUUACGGAAUAUGCUCCUCAUUUAUAUUACGCCACAACUACCAUCGAACCAGAAACUACUAUAGUUACAGAAAAUUCAGAAAGUGAAUCUCAUCAAAAGUUUAUUAUAUCUGAAUCAACUCAAACAUUAUUAGCAUCAACCAUUGGGAGGAAGCAUAUAUCUGGUUAUAUCAAGAAUUCUUCAUUUUCAAAUACUCAAAUGAUGAAAAUAGCUAGGAAGAAUGAAAUGCACAAAAAUGGAAGAACAUAUCUAUAUAUACUUGUAAUCAUUUGCAUUGCUUGCGGCCUUUUUGAUGCUCACGAAAAUGAUCGAGAAGUUUUUGAAGUCUCGGGAAUAAGUAAAUAUAUUGUCGUCGCUGCUACUUGGAGAAUUGCUUAUCAGUUUGCAGAUGUUUUAUCAUUAUUUGAAACUAAAGAUAAUUUAGCGAAUUUUAUGUUUCACAUUCAAAUGCCAACAUAA